CAGAUACAAGGAAUUUGUGCACGGAUAAGAAUAUCGGGCUCCCAAGUUAUUUUCUGCAGUAAAAUAGGGACUAUGGGCGCAGAUACAGUCGAUGGAGUCCCUGCGAGUGAAGCGAUUCCAGAAAGAGAAAUAAAACCAAGGGGCAAAUGGGCCAACAAUACAGAGUUUAUUCUUGCCAUGGCAGGAGAAAUCAUCGGCUUGGGGAAUGUCUGGCGUUUUCCUUAUCUCUGCUUCAAGAAUGGAGGAGGAGUGUUUUUCAUCCCAUACUUUGUCUUCCUGUUUUUCUGUGGCAUCCCUAUCUUCUUUCUGGAGACUGCUCUGGGACAGUACACGAGUGAAGGAGGGGUCACGGCCUGGAGGAAGAUUUGCCCCAUGGCGGAGGGGGUUGGCAUUGCAUCUCAAGUAAUUGUGAGCUACUUGAACAUUUACUACAUUGUGGUUUUGGCCUGGGGUAUUUUCUACUUGACUAACUCCUUCCAAAACCCAUUGCCAUGGUCCACAUGUGACAACUGGUGGAAUACAAAGGAGUGCCUCAAAGGAGUGCCUGAAGAAAAUAUAUUCAACCCACAUUUGUUUAAUAUAUCUGGCAACUGGUCUUUCCUCCUCAAUAGCACUUCGGAUGAUUAUUUUGAGGAUUUCAAUUUAACAAGUCUUGGGCCAUCAUAUCAGAUAUCAUCAGAAAGUGAAUUCUUCAAUAACCGUGUUUUGAGAAUGAAUGACCGUGAUAGUGAUGGAAAGGUUCUGUGGGAUCUGGCUUUGUGCCUUCUCGCUGCAUGGAUCAUCUGCUACUUUUGUAUUUUUAAGGGAGUGAAAUCCACAGGCAAGGUUGUAUACUUCACUGCUACAUUCCCCUAUUUGAUGCUGAUCAUCCUCUUCAUCCGUGGAGUUACUCUUCCUGGAGCUGGAGAAGGAAUCAAAUAUUACUUGCUUCCAGACUUCAGCAGACUCAGUGAUCCAGCUGUUUGGAAUGAUGCAGGCACGCAAGUUUUCUUCUCCUAUGCUGUAUGCCAGGGAGUACUGACUGCUCUUGGGAGUUACAACAAUUAUAACAACAACUGCUACAGAGACUGUUUGGCACUAUGUUGUCUAAAUAGUGCCACUAGCAUUUUUGCUGGUUUUGUUGUUUUUUCUGUGUUGGGAUUCAUGGCUUAUGAGCUUCAAGUGUCAAUGGAGGAAGUAACUGCUAGUGGUCCUGGUUUGGCUUUCAUUGCGUACCCAAAGGCACUCUCAAUGCUUCCUGGCUCUUCCUUCUGGGCUGUGUUAUUCUUUUUAAUGAUCAUUUUCCUGGGCUUGGACAGUCAGUUUGUUUGUGUUGAGAGCUUGGCUACUGCCAUUAUAGACCUUUUCCCACGUUACCUCAGGAGACAUGGAGCUAGAGAGAUCCUUGUGCUGGUUAUUGCUGUGGUCUGUUUUCUGCUUGCUCUACCACUAGUCUGUGGGAGGGGGAUUUUCCUGUUUCAUCUUAUUGACACAUAUGGAGCCAGUGGACUCACUCUCCUGUUCAUUGCCAUAUUUGAGUGCAUAGUGAUUGGCUGGGUGUAUGGUGCAGACCGCUUCUUUCACAACAUUGAGGACAUGGUAGGAUAUCCACCUGUCCCAGUGUUAAAAUACUGCUGGAUGUUCAUCACUCCAUUCAUCUGUGGGAUUACACUCCUUUAUAACCUAGAUCAGAAAAAUAUGUUUUUACAAUAUGAAGGUAAUGGCUCUUCAUAUAGAGCAAUUGCUGUACUCCUCAUCAUCACUCCAAUGUUAUGCAUCCCGCUGUUUGUUUUCCGCUCUUUGUAUUACAAUGCCAAUAACAUGACCACACCCUCUAGUGAUCUACGCCAGGCUCAACCACAUAAGCCUAUACUGACUCUUUGCAAGCGUGUGAUCUUUCCUGCACAGGUGAAACCCAACAUAAAUGUGUCUUUGGAAACUAAUGAGAAGUUGGCAAUGUGUGAACCAGAUGUAUAACAGUGCAAAACAUUCACUAGAGAUGCAUUUUACAGUUGUGAUCAAACUUGUCAUAUUAUAUUCCUUUUUGAAUUGGACUAUGAUAUACCCAUAGAAUAAUAUUUUAUCGUAAACUAGUCCAGAAAUGUGUCGCUGGAGUCGUGGUUUAAGUUUGAGAACCCUCUUCAUCAGAAACAUGUUCCAUGGUGCUUUGGUACAGCAUUGAUAUACACUGAAUGUUUAAACCUAUUCAACACAUAUAAAAAGUCAAAUAAUAGAUACUUUAACUGCCUUUGUAUGAAUGGCAUUAUAAUCUUAUCCACUGCAAUUUGCAAUAUUCGUUUUCAGUAUUUCUUUCUUUAUGUUAGAUACCUAACCUGCAACUAAAUUAGCUCAUAAAAUAUAUUAUUCACCUCACUUCUGAUUUACUCAUAACAUUAGAGCACAAAGUAAUAUUAAUAAUGCUAGUACUAAUCACUACCCUAACCUGAUGAUGACUCACUAUAGUUUCUUGUUUUUGUUUUUGUAAUGUUUAGUUUCUACCCCAAAUGUAUAUCUUGUAUUAAUUAACAUUACUCAAAAAGCUUUCAAAUGUAUCCACAAUAACAGUGACAUCACACACUGUAGACCUGAUUGUUCAACCUGAACUUGUGUCGACAUCAUGGCAAACUCACCCAUGUGUGUAAUCCAAAGCGGCACUCAAUUAACAGUCAAAUCCGUCCGAUGACAGGAUGACCCUCAAACCUGAAACUUGUCCCCAGAGACAACAAAUGUU